GAGGCCCCCGCAGCGCUUGGGCCAAACCGGACGGGAGCCGCGCCAUGGAGCGCUCCGAGGUCUCCUGCUUCUCGGCGGCCUUUAGCUGCACCUUCCUCGCCUCCUGCCUGCUCUUCUCGGCGUUCAACCGGCAACAGCGGGCGGCCUACAUGGACGAGGCCUUCCACGUUCCGCAGGCGCAAGCUUAUUGCGCGGGUCGGUUCCAGCAGUGGGAUCCAAUGAUCACCACUUUGCCUGGUUUGUACUUGCUGUCAGUUGGAAUUCUGAAGCCCACAGCCUGGCUGUUCGGGUGGUCCGAAAGCCUCUUCUGCUCUACAGGGAUCCUCCGAUUCAUUAAUCUGCUUUUCAGCACUGGAAACUUCUAUUUAUUAUAUUUGCUCUUCUGCAGGAUACACCCUAAAAAGAUCACACCUGCCAACUUCUUCAGUAUACAGGGAUGUAAACCACCUGGUACUGGCAAUUUUAAUAAUCUAAGGGUGGAAGGAAUGACCGAACUGCCAUCGUAUAAUAACACCAUCAGUGACUUCCUUUUCAGAG